AUGGACGUGUGCUCUCUUUACACCAAUAUACCUCAUAACGAAGGAGUAACUGCUUGCGAAAGAUUUCUCACGGACUACCAUUCAGAAUUACCAGCUAAGGACAUUUGCAAAAUAAUUGAUUUUAUUCUUAAACACAAUUAUUUUAGCUUUAAUGGCUCUUACUACCUCCAAACAACAGGUACAGCAAUGGGAACCAAAAUGGCCCCAUGCUAUGCGAAUGUCUUUAUGGCAGAAUUAGAAAAUGAUUUACUGUCUAGCCUAGUAUUUAAAUCUUCUCAUUACUCACGCUAUAUUGAUGACAUAUUUUUUAUUUGGGAACAGGGUAAAGAUAAGCUUAUAGAUUUUAUAUCUAUCAUUAAUAAUUAUCAUCAUAGUAUUAAGUUCACUGUUGAAUAUUCUAGUGAGUCCAUUCCAUUUCUAGAUGUAUUAGUUGGCAGAAACGGAGGCAACAUAUCUACAUCCAUAUAUUACAAACCUACAGACAAUCAUCAAUACCUUGAUUUUUACAGCUACCAUCCUAUCACUCUUAAACGGUCUAUCGUGUACAGUCAGUGUCUCAGACUCAAGCGAAUCUGUUCAGACCCUACAGACUACCAACAACAGCUGUCUCGCCUCACUACUAACUUUUUGAAUUGUCACUAUCCCCUCAAACUAAUACUAUCUGCUAUAUUAAAGGCAUCUUCUAAAUCUCGCUCAGACCUUUUAUCUUACACCCAUAGACCUAUCCCCGAUACUCGUAUACCUAUGGUAUUUGAUCACUGUCCCCCUAUCAAGUCUCUCGGCAACUCCAUCAAGAAUGACUACAAGACUCUUCAGGAAGACCCCAAUAUAUCAGAACUCUAUCUUCAUCCUCCGAUUCUAGCUCAACGCCAACCCCCUAAUCUUAAAUCUCUUCUCACCUCCUCCAGUUUACCCUUGGCUAAUCCUACUCAUGGAAACAUGGCUUGUAACAACAGGCGAUGCCAACUAUGCACUAUAAUUGACACAUCUGAUAGAUUCAGAGUUCCUGGUACCAACAUCAUCAUCCAUCCUCCACCACUUAACUGCCACGCUUCCAAUGCUGUUUAUAUUAUAUAUUGCGCCAUAUGCAACAAAGGUAACUACGUAGGUGAAACGGGAUGUAAACUCCGUUUAAGAAACAAUAAUCACAAGAAAUCUGUCAGGGAUAAACUAAAGGGUUUCUCGUAA